UGAUUUAAGCGAAGCGGUGGUGAAACUCGGCAUUAAUUUCCUUUCAUUUUAUCCAAUUUCCUAUCCUUGCCGAGCAACGCCUUCCACCUCUGAGGUAGAUUAAACUCACGUGGAAUCAAAUACGAACUGCCUAGCUGCCUCCGACAGGAAAAUGUUGACUAUAGAUACGAGUUAUAAUACAUUUUUCUGAACUAUUUCCUUCUCGUAAAUAGCUUCGGUCGUACUCUGUCAAGUCAAUAUAUUCCGUUGAGGUAAUCCUUUGACUCCUGCAGCACUAGUGUGUACAUAAUCGAGUUUUAUGUACAAACGAGUGUUUUUUUCUAUAAUACAGUGACUAACGUAUUUUUUCUUUGACAUUAUAGUUAUAUACAUUUGAUGCAAUAAAUACAAUUAAUUCCGUCUCAGUACAAAAAUAAAACACAUAGUGUUGAAACUUUAAAAACGAUUUAUGCAAUAAACAAACAAAAAAAGUGUAACAAAUUUAAUAAUGUGCGUGAACAUUAUUACAGUGUGCUAAAAUGACUUUGGAAUAUGUCGAAUACAAAGAACAGAUUUACGUGAAUAGUGUAAACGAUAAAACGAUAUGGGAUGACUCAUAGUGAAAAAUGUAAUGUGCUACCCACUAUCCGGUCCGAAGAUGAUGCGCGAAAUUCACGACAAUGCUGGGGCAGGCGCAGGCGGCGGGAUGGAGGGAAGCGAGGGCGGAGGGAGUGGGGGUGCCGAGGUCGAUAUGGACGACUGUGGUUCCCUUGCUCUUCCACCAGACUUACCACCUUAUUCUGGCGAUUACAUCAUCAACGAUUAUAUGGAACGCCUCGGCACACGUCUUAACAUCCUCGAGACGGAAUUGAAAUAUGCAUGGAGGGCCCUCGAUCUCUUAAGUCAAGAAUAUGUGAGAAUGUGGGAACGGUUGGAAAGAUUAGAAGCAUUGCUCGCAGAUCAACAGGGUGUAAUAUCAACUUUGCUCGAUUUCUAUACGUGUCGAAAUGUUGUUGCUAGAGAUCCAAUGACACGGCUCGAAGUUAUCCGAGAAAUUUUAGGAAAUGGAACUGUGGAGGAUGGUAUAGAAGAAGGGUUGGAUAUUGGAAGAACUUCAGCACUUUUGGAUAGUCAAGAAGAAAUAAUGGAAUCCAACGAAGCAUUUUAUAAGAGUCUAAACCAAGCGUAUAGAGACGAUUUGGUAUGUGAUGAUGCUUCUAGACCUACUUCACAAUUGGAUAUGAUAUGGGAAGCUCCAGAAGAAACAGACAUUGAAAUUGUUCCUACAGGUUCAAGACAAAUUUAUAGUUCGACUGACUAUAAAGAUUAUCGCGGUAUGCAAGGAGGACCCGGCAUCAGCGAAAGAGAUUUAGUGCAUUUAUCAACUUUAAGCACUAUAGAUCAAAUUACAGUAGAUAAAUUACAUGAGUUAGAUAGGUUAACAUCUCAAUUACAAAACGAAUCUAGAGAGAUUAGGGAUUUAAAAACCAGGCUACUGACACCAGAGCCCAAAAUUACAAAAAUUGAUAGGGAAAUUGAAGCAAAAGCUCUUGCAGAAGACGAGAAUAUAAUAAACGAACAAUUAAAGGGUGUUUAUUCGGGAGGUGAAGGUUGGGGAAUGAAUGAAAUGAUGAAAAGUUUUGAUGACUUUAUGCUAAAUAUUCCUAAAGAUGGUACUGGUAGAGAUAAAUCACCAUCUAGGCUGUCACUCACCGACAAUGUUGUUGCUGAAAGAUCAAUGGAUUAUUUACAACAAAAUCUAUCGCCUCGUCGAAAGUUCGUCCCCGAAAGAACGACAACAGAGCCAUACACUACAGUAACUGGUCGUUUGGCAUAUAGUUCUGCUGUUGCAAAUGCUGAAAUAAAUGCAGCAAAGGCAUCAAAAUCACCUAGUGCUCUGUCAAGAGAACGAUUUGAAUACAGUUCAACUUAUCAAGUAUGUGAUGGUUCCAGACCAAAUUAUUAUUCGAACAAAAUAAGUCAAAAAACUUUGUCAGAUUUAUACAAAACGAAUUCCCAGCAACAUUCUCCUCUAUCGGUAAAUGAAAUAUAUGAUGAUCCAGUUGAUACUAGAUUAGAUUUGACGUACAAUGAAAGUGCAUUACGUAAGUCUCCUAGUCCACCUCCUCCAGCUCCAAAUACAACUGAUGUUUUUCCUUGUUUAGAAAAUAAUAAUGAUCUAUCAGCUAAUCAUGUUAUGUUAUCAACGAUGAAUGUAAUGACAUCUGAUAACAUGAGGCUAAGUCCCAGAUCACCUAAAUCACCUAAAACUUCACCAAAACACGUCAAGAGAGACAGUACUAACAUUGUCGCUGCAAAAUCUGAUUCUGGCCUGUCAUCCAUGAGCGGGUGGUCAAGCUUAGAAAAGAGUCCCGGAUCACCAAAAACAGGCAGACUGUCACAUGUUAGUCAUGAUGUCUACAAAAUGAAAAUGACAUCACCUCAAUCAGUGCAAAGAAUGCCCUAUGAACUUGAACCUAAGCCGUAUUUAGAAACUUUAGUCGACUCAUAUAUGUACGAAAACAAAAAUGUGAAAAUUGAUUAUAACUUACGAAGUAACGAGCAAUUGUUGAAAAACGUAUGUAGUUCAAGAGAUUUACAAAAAUUCCAAGAUAAGAUUGAAAGUGAUUAUUAUAAAAGUGAAAUGCAUUUUUCGGUAGCCAACCAAAUGACACAAGUCACCAAUAUUGGUGAAUAUUAUUAUAGUUCAGAAGUUGCCUCAAUAUAUUCUGUCGCUGGAAAUAGACAACCAAUUUUUACAACAGUUUACAGUACCCCAAGAGGUAUGCUUCCUGACGAAAGGAAUUUUUCCGAAUUAUUAGAUAGUAAUGAAAUUUCUGAAUCAGUGCAAAGACCAUCAAUUGAUCCUUAUCCUCCAGAACCUAAUUAUCAUGCACAAACUGUGGUUAUGUCAGUAGCCAAUACAAAUAAUAAAAGAACUUUGACUCGAGCAAACACUAUGGGAGUGAGUGAAUCCCAGUACUUCCAAAAUGGUUAUAAAGUAUCAGGAACUCGAACUGGUUACCCACCCAGUAAUCUUACUGAUGCUCUUUCCUACUAUCCAACAUCAACAAGAUAUGAUUCUCCCAAAAGAAUAACGUUAGAAGAUCAACUUUCUUGGCAAGGAGGAAGUAGGUCACCUACAAGCUCACUUGAAACGUCGAGCUUGAAAUCACAUUCAUUAAGCAUAACAGAAAGAAAGCAGUUUCAAACUCAAUUGCAACAAGAGUAUUUUAAGCAACAACAAUUUGAUCAACGCAAUGGAAAUGUGAUGCACGAAAAUCAAGGAUACGAAAUACAAAGUAUGAACGAGCAUCAAAAAGUUAGAAAAGAUCAAUACGUAGAAUCGGGUGGCAUGCUGGUUUCGGAAUCUGGGUACCUAUCAAUUUCUUCUAAUUUAAAAGGCAAAAUCCAAGAAAAACAAUUAAAGAAACCGAAAAGAACUUCAUCGUUAAAGUCUGCCAUGUCUUCCAUGAGCCAAUGGCUACCAGACCUGCAUCUUCCUAAAAAACAUAGAUCACAUUCAUUGCCCUCUGGCGUAGACAACGUUGAACAACCAGUCCAGGAGAAAUCAUUAAAAGAAAGAAUAAUGUCAGCUCAGAGGAGAAAAAAGAAAUAUCAUUUGGUGGCAUCGAUGUCCGGCUUACUACAGAAAGCGAGACGAAAACAUCAAGCUAGUCAUCAGUCUUUGUCUGACCCCGAAACUUCUGAGACCGAAUGGUCAGGGGGUCGCUCCAGUGCCCAAUCUGAAGACAGCGAUAGUGUAUUUUCGGAUUCUGCUCAUGAGAAUAAUGUUUUUGCUAAAGUAGCAUCUAAACCAAAACAGAGAAAAGUCAAUAAUCAGGAGAUUGUGGAGCAACAACAAUUAAUUCAGGAUUUACAGGAAAAAGGUAUAGAAUUUAAGGAUGAUGACACAGAAUGCAUAAUUGAGGAGGAAGAAAAAUUUCCAUCUAAUAAUACUUUACCAAGGGAUAAAAGUGAUGAUAUAGAUUUCCAUUUUGCUCGUGUUAGUCAGAUGAAAAAAGAUAAUAUACAGGAAUUAGAGAAAUUGGAUAUUGACACAGAUAUUUCAAACGUUGACUUAUUCGAAGAGGACACCAUUGACCCUAACCAGUCGCCAGCCUCUAUAUUUGCAACUAUAGGCGAUGUCAAAAAAGCGAGUAUUACAUCAGACGAUGAAAAAAGUGAAGGAAACAAACCAUACAGUGCAAGCUCACAAGAAUUUGCAGUAUCACGAGCACUGGGUAAAUAUCGUUUGAGAAAGUCGACAUCUAUAUCAGAUGAACAAAUGGCCGAUAUAUCACCUCCUAAAUUAGACAAAGAAUUGCACGAACAAAGUAACGAUGAUAACAUGACAUCAAAAGAAAAAAAAAUUCGCAAGCCCACAACACCCGAGAUCGUAAAUAGUUCAGUAUCAGAAGAAAAUACGAUUUAUACAGAAAGAAGCCCGUCAAUGCAAAGUAGUCGAGGCAUUCAGAAUAAAUUUCAGCCUAGACAUCAACAAAGUUUGGAAAUUCCAAACAAGCAUGAUGAUGAUGACAGUCGAAGCACGCAUUCUUGGAGAAGUGGAUCUAGAGUUUCGUCUAGAAGACAAAGUACAGAAGACAGUAUUGACUCUGAAGACGAAUGGUAUUGUUAUGAAUUGAGGAAGUUGGAAGAAAUGGAGCACCAAUCUCAGUUAGAGGCUGAUAGACAUGACACGCUACCGGAAGAGCCCGAAUUUGAAGAUAUUAUGGAAGAGCCUCCUGAAGUUUUGAAAGAAAAAAUGUCUUUCGUACUCAGGGAAUUGAAAUUGAAAACAGCUCAAACGAAGACAAAGUAUGAUGAAUCUCCAAUGAAAGAAACAUGGAAAGAUAUAACAACUUUUCCUUCUAUCGAAGAAAGUGUUGAUAGUACUAAAGACCACGACCAAGAGUCUGAUGAUGACAAAUCUUACGCCGACACUGGAUCAGGUGAAACAUCAGGACCUGAUAGUCCUGUUGUAAGUGGCGAUGAAAUGGAUGACGAAUAUGAUAUGCCUCCGUCACCAAUUCCAGCGCGAAGGCAAGUACCAGUCCAGCAAGACACUACUGUUGGAAGCAAAUGGAAACUUUUGAAAGCUCUGAAAGAUCGUAAAGCCGAAGAGAAGACAACGGAAACUCCUACAGCGUCAACGCCGUCUGCUGAAAAAGACAAAGUCAGCGCAAGUAAUGGAUCCACCGGAUUUAGUGACCAAACAGGCCGAGGAAAUGGGCACCCUGGAGAUAAUCCAUUCUACAGUAACAUUGACAGCAUGCCCGACAUCAGGCCUCGAAGAAAAUCGAUCCCUCUUGUGUCAGAACUUACUAUGGCUGCCACGAAAAGGAAUGCUGGAUUAACAUCAGCGGUACAUCGUGCAACACUUAAUGAUGAAGAGCUUAAAAUGCACGUUUACAAGAAGACACUUCAAGCCCUCAUCUACCCUAUAUCUUCAACAACCCCUCACAACUUUGUGCUGUGGACCGCCACUUCCCCUACUUAUUGCUACGAGUGUGAAGGGCUUCUAUGGGGUAUCGCACGACAAGGGGUCAGGUGUACAGAGUGCGGGGUCAAAUGCCAUGAGAAAUGCAAGGACUUGCUCAACGCUGAUUGCCUUCAGAUGUGUUUCGCAGGGGCUGCCGAGAAGUCUUCUAAGCACGGCGCGGAGGAUAAAGCUAAUUCGAUUAUAACAGCAAUGAAGGAAAGAAUGAAACAGCGAGAGCGAGACAAGCCCGAAAUAUUCGAACUCAUCAGACGCGUGUUCAGCAUCGAACAGGAGGGGCAUGCAGCACACAUGAGUACGGUGAAGCAAUCAGUCCUCGAUGGUACCUCGAAGUGGAGCGCGAAGAUUGCCAUAACAGUUAUAUGUGCUCAGGGUUUGAUAGCGAAGGACAAGAGUGGGACCUCGGAUCCUUACGUAACAGUUCAAGUAAGCAAAGUGAAGAAAAGGACUAGAACUAUGCCUCAAGAACUGAACCCCGUUUGGAACGAGAAGUUUUACUUUGAGUGCCACAACUCCUCCGAUCGAAUCAAAGUGCGAGUGUGGGAUGAAGACAAUGAUUUAAAAUCGAAACUACGCCAAAAGUUAACCAGGGAAUCUGACGACUUCUUAGGACAAACCAUUAUUGAGGUACGGACAUUAUCCGGUGAGAUGGACGUUUGGUACAAUCUGGAGAAGCGCACGGAUAAAUCAGCUGUAUCCGGAGCUAUAAGACUUCACAUCAAUGUAGAAAUCAAGGGUGAAGAAAAGGUCGCUCCCUAUCACGUACAAUAUACCUGCCUCCAUGAAAACCUAUUUCACUAUCUGUGCGAAGAAAACGGGGGCGCUGUGACAUUACCAGCUGCGAGAGGUGACGACGCUUGGAAGGUUUACUUCAAUGAGAAUCCCGAGGAGAUUGUAGAUGAAUUCGCUAUGAGAUACGGCAUCGAGGCUAUUUACCAAGCAAUGACACAUUUCCACUGUCUCUCAACGAAGUACCUUUGUCCCGGAGUGCCGGCUGUAAUGUCUACGCUAUUAGCUAACAUUAAUGCCUACUACGCGCACACGACAGCGUCAUCGGCUGUGUCUGCAUCAGAUAGAUUCGCGGCUUCAAACUUUGGGAAAGAGAAAUUCGUGAAACUGCUCGAUCAACUUCACAACUCUCUCAGAAUCGAUCUCUCGAUGUAUCGAAACAACUUCCCCGCUUCGAGUGCUGAGAAACUCAUGGACCUGAAGUCUACUGUUGACCUGUUGACCAGCAUCACUUUCUUUAGGAUGAAGGUCCAAGAGUUGAGCAGUCCUCCCCGAGCUAGCACAGUGGUUAAAGACUGCGUGAAAGCCUGUUUGAGGUCAACAUACCAGUUCUUAUUCGAAAAUUGCUACGAGCUUUACAAUAGAGAAUUUCAGGUAGACCCCAAUGAAGCAAAGCGUGACCCAGCUGACCACGGACCACAGUUAGACUCUGUCGAUUUCUGGCACAAAUUAAUAGCUCUCAUAGUGUCUGUUAUAGAAGAAGACCGAAAUAGCUACGCUCCCGUACUGAACCAGUUCCCGCAGGAGCUCAAUAUUGGACAGCUGUCCGCAGCCACAAUGUGGUCGUUAUUCGCAGUGGAUAUGAAGUACGCUCUGGAGGAACAUGAACAACACAGGCUCUGCAAGUCUUCCGCCUACAUGAAUCUCCACUUCAAAGUAAAAUGGCUGCAUACGAACUACGUGAAAGACGUCCCGCCGUACUGUGGCGCUGUGCCGGAGUAUCCGGCGUGGUUCGAACCCUUCGUGAUGCAGUGGCUGAAUGAAAACGACGACGUGUCCUUAGAAUAUUUGAACGGAGCAUUCAACAGAGAUAAACGUGAUGGGUUCCAAAAGUCCAGCGAGCACGCGCUCUUCAGCAACUCAGUGGUCGACGUGUUCACGCAACUGACGCAAUGCUUCGACGUGGUCUCGAAGCUGGAGUGUCCCGACCCUGAAAUAUGGAAACGGUACAUGAAACGUUUCGCCAAGACCAUAGUGAAGGUGCUGGUCGCGUAUUCGGAUAUCGUUAAGAAAGAAUUCCCAGAGCAUCUGAAAGAAGAACGGGUUGCCUGCAUCCUCAUGAACAACAUUCAGCAGCUGCGAGUGCAGCUAGAGAAGAUGUUCGAGGCGAUGGGCGGCACCAAGCUGGAGCGCGACGCGGCCGACAUCCUCCACGACUUGCAGCAGCGCCUCAACAGCACGCUGGACGAACUCGCAUCCAUGUUCGCUAAUAGCCUGGAGUUCAGAAUAACAGCGAGCGUGAAGGAUCUAGGAGACCUGCUACAGAAGGUGGGCGGAGGCGGAGCGCCCGGCGUCCCACAGCACCCCGCGCACCAGGAGGCUGAUGAGGUGCUCCGGCCCCUAAUGGAUAUCUUGGACGGUUCUCUUACUAUGUACGCGGAGUCUUGCGAGAAGACCGUCCUUAAGCGCCUUCUGAAGGAGCUGUGGAAGAUUGUCAUGAAGAUAUUAGAGAAAACCGUCGUACUCCCACCCAUGACGGAUAAAACGAUGAUGUUGAAGAACUUAACGAAUAACGCCAAGAAUUUAGCGGCGAACGCAAAGAUAGAGGACAUGACGCAGCUGUUCAAGAGCACCGUUGGCAAGCAGGACGUAAAGCACGCGCUCUCCGGCGUCAUGGACAUCUCUAAAGAACAUCUGUCAGCCGAGAAGAGCUUAACGCCGAAGCAAUGCGCGGUACUGGACGCGGCUCUGGACACCAUCAAGCAGUACUUCCACGCCGGCGGCAACGGACUCAAGAAGACUUUCUUGGAAAAGAGUCCAGAGCUCCAGUCGCUGAGAUACGCCCUCAGUCUGUACACGCAGACGACUGACACGUUGAUCAGGACCUUCGUUACCAGCCAGCAGAAUCAAGACGCCGCUGUUGCUGAGGAGGGAAGCGUCGGCGAAGUGUCCCUGCAAGUGGACCUCUUCACACAUCCCGGGACGGGAGAACAUAAAAUCACUGUCAAAGUGGUUGCGGCAAAUGAUCUCAAGUGGGUGAUCGCGAGUGGAAUGUUCCGUCCGUUUAUAGAGGUGAACCUGAUAGGCCCUCACUUGGCCGACAAGAAGAGGAAGUUCGCCACCAAAUCCAAGAGCAACAACUGGAGUCCCAAGUUCAAUGAAACCUUCCAUUUCAUGGUGAGCGCCACUGAGCAGCUGGAGUUGUUCGAGCUGCACGUCUGCGUGCGGGACUACUGCUUCGCGCGCGAGGACCGGCUCGUCGGCGUCGCGGUCAUGCGGCUCGCCGACAUCGCGGAGCAGGUACCACACAACAGACGUACCGCCAAAAUGUGUUCUAUCACUAUACAGUGUGCUCUACCACUAUACAGUGUACUCUAUCACUAUACAGUGUGUUGUAUAACUAUACAGUGUGUUCUAUCACUAUAUAGUGUGUUAUAUCACUAUAAAGUGUGUUCUAUAACUACACAGGGUGCUCUAUCACUAUACAGUAUGUUCUGACACUAUACAAUGUGCUCUAUCACUAUACAGUGUGCUCUAUUACUAUACAGUGUGCUCUAUCACUAUACAGUGUGUUCUAUCACUAUACAGUGUGUUCCAUAACUACACAGUGUGUUCUAUCACCAUACAGUAUGUUCUAUCACUAUACAGUAUGUUCUAUCACUAUACAGUAUGUUCUAUUACUAUACUGUGUGUUCUAUCUGUGUGUCUGUACAUCGAAUGAAAGAGUGAAAGUGAAAUAUGAACUAUCAUAUUUUGAGCGAUCGGUCCAUCUGUUUGUUCGCUAUUGCUGCGGGACGAAUUUUCAUGUAGACAGUUUUUUUUUCAUUAAUUCGUUGAUUUUAUUAACUUAUUUCAUAAACGUCGAAUUCAAUACAAAAUUUGUCGUUGCUUACAAAUUUUGGAAUAUGGUUAGAUAUUGAACAUUACGUAUCAACCAUUAUUUACAUUUUCAAACUCAAACCAUUGAACUGAUUUUGUUGAAAUUCGGUAUGAAUAUAGUUUGAAUCUUGGGAAUGAAAAUAGACCUACUUACCUUUACUUCAUCUGCUGGUCACGGGUGUAAUAUACUAAUAAAUUUGUAAAAAAUAUAUAUUUAAAAUAUAGUUAAUAUUCGUUUCAUGAGCAGGGUUCGUGUGCCUGCUGGCUACCGCUCGGCACAAGGGUGAAGAUGGACGAGACGGGCUGGACGAUCCUAAGGAUACUUUCUCAAAGACACAGCGACGAAGUGGCUAGGGAGUUCGUCAAAUUAAAGUCGGAGAUGAGAGCCGAGGCGCCGGCCGGAGGUCAAGGACCCUCGUGAACAAAACUGACAACCAAAAGGGCCACAGCAUUCAGCAAAUCGCUCAACUUCACACUCGAAGGCUCUGCCCGAACUCACGUCCCGAGUUUCGGCUCGGGAACAGAGAUAGACAUACCCAACGCACAACGAGUGCGACUGAGAGAGACGACGCCAAUAAAACAGAGUACCAAUAACCAUUCGGCGCUCCGGCGGCUCCCGGUCAGUGCUCGUUAUAUCAUUUGUAGUCUCGAUUUCGAGAUGAGUUUUGUAAAUAAAAUUAUUGUAUUAUGUUACGCGACUAGGGGUAUGAUUUGCACAAAUUCGUAUUUCAUUAACAUUAGCAGAAAAGACUGACCGUAGGCGGCUGAGGGCGCCGCGGCGUUCCGCUGCAUUAGGCGAUCGGUAAAAGAACACUCAACAUUGUAUUAGACACAGUGUUGCCAUGUUAAAAAAAUAUCCCCAAAUCGAAGGAUAUCCCAUUUAAAAUUCGACCUUCGUUGAGUUGAAAACAUUAAACAACACACACUUUUUGCGGAACUCCUAAUACAACGGACGCGGCAAAUACGCGAUUUAAGUAAUAAUAUUGAUAUGGACCAAACUGUCGUAAAAUACGGAUGAAUUAAUCCUUAAUCCUUAAAAUAUUAAAAGCAUUAUUUAUCUAAUUAAUCAUCUUAUCGUUAUAUGUGUACAGUGAAUAAUAUAUGGCCUUAUGUAAAUUAUUUCCUACGUUUGUUGGUAUUUGCUUCUGUCGAGUUGGUAAUCGUAUAUGAGUGUGUUAAUGAAUGUUCUAUAUGAUAUAAAUGCGUAUCUCUAUAUAUUAUUUUCUGUCGGUGACCGCGUGGUUUGUAGGUUAUCGCGAAAACAUGUUUAGGUGAUGUGUUCUGUAUCAUGGAAUUAAUAUAGUUAUAGUAAAAAAAAAUGUUAUUCUAAAAUGUAAGGUUUGUCAUUUUUUAUAUAAAUUGUUUUAGCGUCCCGUAUUGAUUGAUCUGAAUUUUGUCGUGGUCCACACUUACCAUUUUAUUUAUGUGACGAUUCUGAAAUGCUAAUACGGUACAUAAUGAACGUUGGUUUUUUGAAAUCGUUUCCGGUUUUAUUUAGUGACGUACGCGGCGUAUACAUCACAGGAUGUUACGUCAUUACGCGAGUGUAAUAAGAAGGUAACAGUUUCAAGAUUUCCUUUUUGCAUACCCGACAAUUGAAUCAUGAGUCAUGUUAAUCACAGUUCGCUAUCGCUUCUCAACAAGCUUGGCCUCUGCGUGUACUCUCAAUAUCUUCUUGUAUAGUAAAAAUUGUGAUAUUGUCGUAAAUUUCCCGUUGACUUCAUGCUCUCCUCUAUCAAUAUACUGUUUAAAAUACAAUUCAAUAUACAUGUAUAACUGUUAUGAUUUUCUUUUUUUAUGUUCAUUGUUUAGAUAAUAGAUUAAGUAACUUAAUUAUUAUUUUUUACAUUUAGAAAACUAAAAAAAAUCUAACACAUAAGACACAGUCCACAAUAUGUACGUUACUCAUUAUUAUUUAUAUAUUAUAUUAUUAUUUAAAAGUUUGUGUACAUUUUCAAUACCACCGUAAAUUCUUGUAUUAUAAUACAUAAUUGUUUUUAUCUUUCAUUAUCAUUGUUUGAUUUCUAUAUCUUUUUUUUUAAAGCACGCGGAAUUUUCCCGAAAUUCUUGGAUAUUUUUAAUGUUGGUCACAAAAAGUGGUAUUGAAAGUAUACAGGUUGUAUAGUAUACCAAUAGUAAAUGUUACGGGACUUAGAUUUUUUAUUAUAAUUAACGUUUAUCAUGGAUUACAUAUCUGUAGAUAGAUAAUGUGGUUCAUCUAUAGUCCAAAUCUGAAUAAUAUACGUUAAAUAUUACUCGUCUUUAACUAUUUAAUAAAUAAUAAUUUUAUUUAAUAAUUCCAUUUCCGACUUGACUGAUUCUUAUUAAUAUAUGUCAUAGACAAAUUUAAUGAAAAUUUCUUAAUACGCCAUUGACAUAGUUCUGUUUAAUGUGGGUACGAUGACAAGAUACAAGCGUAUAUUUCUACGUUGAAUAGAUUUAUGUCAAAAUACUAGACUAUAAUUAUAACUGAUCCAUUAUUUCAACAUUAAACGAGAAAAUCGAUUAUAAAUUGAAUCAUGUUGUUUUAAACCGGUUUUUUUUAAUUAAGGCAAAGGUGUUUUAAUUGAGAUAUGAAAUCGGAUUUUGUCGCUUUAUAAUUCACGCACUGUUAACACAAAAGAAAAACUAAGAACCAAUACCAGUAUUACGAUCAGUUUUGAUUGGGUAUUACAUGACAAUUAUACACGGGAAUUUAAGAAAAGGUUUUUUUUUCUCAAUAAAACGCGCACAUUCCAUUGUACCAUCAUACUACGACUCGUUGGCGAUGAUAAUACACGUACAUAAAAUAAAUUUAAAUAAAAUCAAAAUAGGAAACAUGAUCAAUAACACUGUUAUUAAAAAACCGGCUUUUUGUUUACGGUUUUUUUUUUAGUUUUACCGAUUUUUUUUUUCAUUACCAACGAGUCAAAACGUCGACACAUGAACUUCACCAUAUUUUGACAAUACUUUGUAAACGUUCGGUAAGUGUAACCGGUGAUCGUAUCACGCGCAUCACAAAAUGUUACGCUCCAGUUUUAGUAUUAAUAAAAAAAAUCACUAAAACAUUGCAUAUAUCUUUGUAUAAAAAUGCAUAUAUGUAAAUGUUACAUGUUUAAACACAUUAUUGAAUUUAGAAUUUUUAUGAAAAAAAUAAAUAAAUAAAUAUCCGUAUUUCAAAUA